GCAAACCUACCUCAGCCUCCCAUUGGUCCAGAAAAAUGGAAUCAGAUGACGUAGUAGUUCCGGUUUCCAGUUCCCUCAUUAAAGGUAACUCUCGGUCAUUUGUGAAACGACACACGACUGACCCGGUUUUCCUCCGCUGAAGGUGUAACAUUUAAGGGCAGUGGACCAAAUAUUUCCAUCUCGCAGUUCGAGGAUUUUAAAAAUUGGGUUACUUUUCUGGGACCAGCGCACUAUAGAAAACUAGACUAAACAACCAGAGAGAAGAAUGGGUCUCCAACCAGACUCUCCCCUCCAAGCUGUCCUCCUGCUUCCGAUCCACCUUCUCGUGUGGCUGUACUCCGUCCUGUCCUUCCUUCCCUGGUACCUCAUGACUGGAGCCGGGGAGAGGAAAGCGCUGUCCAAGCGGAUGAAGGCCCGCUCCACUUCAGGCUGCGCGGAGGGGCCCUACCGCUCAGUGGACCACUUUGAUUCCUUAGCCAGGGAAGACUUCCCGGGCAAGGACACGCUGGAUAAGCUGUUCAAGCAUGCUGUGCAGCGCUUCGGAUCGGCAAACUGUCUCGGCACCCGAGAAGUGCUGUGUGAAGAAAAUGAGAUUCAACCCACUGGAAAAGUAUUUAAAAAGCUGAUCCUGGGCGACUAUAGAUGGCUCUCCUACAAUGAAGUGGACCGUAUCGUGGAUCAUUUUGGCAGUGGACUGGCAGCUUUGGGACAGCAGCCCAAAAGCAACAUUGCAAUCUUUUGUGAGACCAGAGCGGAGUGGAUGAUCACAGCCCAGACGUGCUUCAGGCACAACUUCCCAUUGGUGACAUUCUACGCUACUCUGGGAGAGGACGCAAUUGCAUUUGGACUGAACGAGGCUGGAGUGACGCAUCUAGUCACCAGCGUGGAUCUGCUGGAGACAAAACUGAAAAAUGUGCUUUCACAGAUCCCAAAACUGAAGCAUGUGAUCUAUGUGGACCAAAAGAAGCUGAACACAACAUGCUACCCAGCGGGACUGUCCACCCACAGCAUGCAGGACGUGCAAGAGCUGGGCGCGCUGCCCGAGAACAUGGGGAGGGCGAUUGUGAAGCCCCAGCCUUCCGACCUGGCUGUGGUGAUGUACACCAGCGGCUCAACCGGCGCACCGAAAGGAGUCAUGAUCAUCCACAGCAACCUGAUAGCGGGAAUGACGGGCCAGUGUGAACGCAUCCCUGGACUUGGGCCUAAUGAUACUUACAUAGCCUAUCUGCCCCUGGCUCAUGUUCUGGAAAUGACAGCUGAAAUCUCCAGCGUCACAUAUGGCUGUCGGAUCGGCUACUCGUCCCCUCAAACGCUAACGGACCAGUCCUCUAAGAUUAAGAGAGGAAGUAAAGGAGACAGCUCUGUGCUCAAACCCACCUUGAUGGCAGCUGUGCCAGAAAUCAUGGACCGCAUCAACAAGAAUGUGAUGAGCAAAGUCCAGGAAAUGAGUAUCAUCCAGAAGACGCUGUUUACGCUGGGCUACAAAUAUAAACUAGAGCAGAUCAGGAGGGGCUAUGACGCACCACUCUGCAAUGCCCUGUUGUUUGGAAAAGUGAAGAAACUCCUUGGGGGACGUGUGAGGAUGAUGAUGUCUGGAGGAGCCCCCCUGUCCUCGGCCACGCAGAGGUUCAUGAAUGUAUGCUUCUGUUGCCCAGUGGGUCAGGGUUAUGGCCUCACAGAAACCUGUGGAGCCGGAACCAUCACAGAGGUUGCGGACAUCAGCACUGGUCGGGUUGGAGCUCCUCUGAUUUGCUGCGAGAUCCGGCUCAGGGACUGGGCUGAAGGCGGCUACACCAGCAGAGACGAGCCAAACCCAAGAGGGGAAAUCCUGAUUGGCGGCCCCAACGUUACCAUGGGUUACUACCGGCAGGAGAGUGACAACGAGGACUUUUUUGUGGAUGAAAAGGGUCAGAGGUGGUUCUGCACAGGCGACGUGGGCGAGGUUUACGCAGACGGAUGUCUCCAGAUAGUGGAUCGCAAGAAAGACUUGGUUAAGCUGCAGGCAGGGGAGUACGUGUCUCUUGGUAAAGUAGAGUGCGCUCUGAAAAACUGCUCUAUCAUAGACAACAUCUGCGCUUAUGCAAACAGUGACCAGAACUAUGUGAUCAGCUUCGUGGUUCCCAACCAGAAAACGAUGACGGAACUGGCCAAACAAAGAGGCAUAGUGGGAGCAUGGGAAGAGAUCUGCACGCACCCGGACAUGGAGAGGGAGGUCCUGAAGGAGAUCAAGGCGGUUGCUGCUAACAUUAAACUCCAGCGAUUUGAGAUUCCAGUGAAGGUGCACCUGAGUCCAGAGCCGUGGACCCCUGAGACGGGUCUCGUCACAGAUGCGUUCAAGCUGAAGAGGAUAGAGCUGAAGAACCACUAUCUCCACCACAUAGAGAGAAUGUAUGGGGGCAAAUAACUGCUCACUCUCACUCCAAGCGUCUCCAUUGUAACCAUAACCACUGUAAAUACUCCUCCCAGUGGUACCCUUAUGGAUCUGUAUGCUGUUUGUGUCACACCAAAUGAAAAUGUCUUGAACAGAGAAGCUGUAAAUAUUUGUAGUUGUGAUCCAUGUGACCUGCUUUAUAUUUAUUUGUGUAAGAGCUUACACUGUCAACGAAAUGCACUCGAGUAACAACUGUAGAAAAAAGGCCCAAGACGGUUUACGGCACAUGACUGGCACCCACUUAAGUCUUCUGGCCGCAUGGUUUGUAGCUGAUUAAAAAAGUACCACUGUGGCCCGUAUGUUGCAAAGCUUUGUUAUUUCAUUUGUAAUUAUCAGGGAGGCUUGUAUUUUGUAAACUAGAAGUACUAAUGUUGUGCCUUCACUCUGUGUAGUCAAGCAGACGUGGCACUCAGUUAGAAAGAAAAUAGUUCACGCUUUUUAUUGUGUAAACAAAAUGCUUUGCUGCCAUGUUUUACUUGAAGAAUAUACUCACCCAGAGAUUAACUGAAACAUUGUGUAGAUCAUACAUACUGAUUAUGUCAGCUAUAUCAUACUUUCUUACAUAUUUUAUUUAUACUUUUGCUAUUGUGUGAAUUUAUUUGGUAAGACCAAAAUGUAUGAACUUAAAUGACUCAGGAAAAUAAGCAAAUGUUUUAAUAUAUAAAGGAUAAUUGUCAAUUGGUGGGUUACUUGUACAGAAAGCCCUCUUGUCAAGGUUCUGGUGGGCAGUAUAUUUAUUUGAGUUCAAGCAUGUUUUGCAAUAACAAAGUUAAGAUGCGUAUUUGCAUUAGCUAUUCAUAACUGGUUAUGAUACUAUGUAUUUCGCUUCUGUUCCUGGGUUAAUGUUCAUUUUGGUGUACGGUUUAUUUGAAGUCUAGUUGGAUCCUUUUAAUGAAGGUGUAUUUUUCCAAAUGUCGUGUUGAUGGUGUUUCAUCAAACCUUAAAGCACACAUUCACAUUCGUUUUACAUUUGGUUGCUUGGUGAUUCUAUUUUUUAUUUAUUACCUCAUUAUAAGCAUAUUGUCCUGUUCAACAUUUCAAGAAUAAACACUUUUUUUGAAUCGUG